CAACUAAUAUUUUGAUUGCCCACACAAAUGGAGGAGAAAACCCUCCUUAUAAAUUUGCGAAAACAACGUCAUCUUCUAACUUCUUCACUCCACUCCCACAUCUCGCCAAUCUCUCUUUUAAAUCUCACUUAUUUUUAUUUGAUUUUUCAUUUUUUUUCUCUCAACUCGAUGGCGGAACCGGAAGCCACUCCAGUGCUCUCCGAUCAACCGGUUUUGGAAAACGAGGAGAAGAAGCUGAAAUAUCUGGAUUUCGUUCUAGUUGCGGCGGCGCACGUCGUCGUAUGCUUCUCGACGCUCUAUGAAUAUGCAAAGGAGAAUUCCGGUCCAUUGCGACCCGGAGUUCAGACCGUCGAAGGAACCGUCAGAACUGUCAUCGGGCCGGUUUACGAGAAAUUCCAUAACGUUCCUUCCGACCUCCUCAGAUUCGUCGAUCGCAAGGUGGAUGAGUCUGUGACCGAGUUGGACCAUCACGUGCCGGUUCUUCUAAAGCAGUUCACGAGCCGAGCCUGGGCCGCGGCUCAGGGGCUGGCGUCGGAGGUGCAACGAGAAGGCUUAGCCGAUACGGCUUCGAACAUGGCUAAGAACGCAUGCGUGGAGUACGGGCCCACGGCUAAGGCGCUCUACGCCGACUACGAGCCGGUAGCCGAGCAGUACGCUGUGGCGGUUUGGCGCGCGCUCAACGACCUCCCGUUGUUCGCGCAAGUGGCUCACAUCAUGGUCCCAACGGCCGCGCAUUGGGCGGAGAAGUAUAAUCAGAGUGUGGCGGAUGCGGCGGAGAAGGGCUACGCGCUGUCGCAUUACUUUCCGAUGAUCCCCGUCGAGAGGAUCGCGAAAAUGUUCGGAGCCGAGACCGAGCCAGAUGUUUCGAACAAUGUUGGAUACGUCGCCGUUUCUUAGUAAUCUUUUGCUUCUUAUUUGGAUUGAUUGUGGAAAGAUUUGUUUGGAUGGCAUACAUCAUCCAAAGCUUCCUUGUAUUGUUUUGAUAUUUGGUUUGAAUUCAAAUAUCUCUAAUUGAGUUUGUCUUCCUGCCGUAUUGAAGUUUUGAGAUUUCGAGUUGGA